AUGUUUUAUGGGAAUGGUGUAUAUUACUAAAAGAAAAGAAAUAAAAUAUAAGUAUUAAAUUAACUCAAUGAAAUUAUGAUCAACAAUUUAAUAACAGAGUAUAAUUAACAUUCUUAUCUAAUAUGCUUUUGUUAUUUUGGAAGAAGUAAUUUAAAUUUAGAUUUAUUUGAAUCGAAUAAUUGUAAGAAUUAAAUUUGUCAUCUUUAUGCUAUUGAAAUGUCAUUUUUGUCAAAAUGA